AUGUCAGACUUAGCCUUUAAUAACUACUGUUUAACUUGUGAUAAGUUGUGUUCUCAAAACUCGAUUUACUGUUCAGAAGAAUGUAAAUCGAUUGACGAAUAUAAUGCUGUGAAUAUAAUAUCUCAACAUCAACAAGGUCAAGAAGUACAAACUAUGAAGAACCAUCACAGAAAUAUCUCCCAAUCCACUAUAGCAUCUGAUAAUUUGGUGUCUCCUUUAUUGACACCUUCAUUAUAUCAACAUUCAAGUAAUUCAUAUUUAGAUAUAAAUUCAUCACCUUUAUUAUUGACUAAUAGCGCAAAAGUUCAACCAAGUAAAGAUCUUGAUUAUUUUGAUUUGAAUUAUUCUGUCAAUUCAAAGACAAAUUACACAUUAUCAUCCUCAAACUCAGAUAUCAUGAGUACUGUACCUUCCACUUCACAUAAUUAUAGGAAGUGGUUGACUGCGUGUUUAUGA